AUGGGUCAGACUCUGUCCGAGCCGGUCACGGAGAAGCAUUCCGACGAGGGCCAAGAUGAUCGUGUCUGCUUCGGGGUCAGCGCCAUGCAGGGCUGGCGAAUUAGCAUGGAAGACGCGCAUGCCACCAUCCUCGACCUCCAGGCCUUGGAGGGUGAUGAAGAGCUCAAGCCCGCGGCCAUCGACGUGCGAAUAUCCUUCUUCGGUGUUUAUGAUGGGCAUGGUGGGGAACGGGUAGCAAUUUUUACAGGAGAGAAACUGCACCAGAUCAUCGCGAAACAGGAGGCUUUCAAGAAGAAGGACUUUGAGCAGGCGCUCAAGGAUGGCUUUCUGGCUAUCGACCGGGCUAUCCUGAGUGAUCCAAAGUACGAGGAAGAAGUGUCAGGAUGUACGGCUUCAGUUGGCAUUGUGACGCACGAGAAAAUCUAUGUUGGCAAUGCCGGCGACUCGCGAUCCGUGCUCGGUAUCAAGGGCCGGGCGAAACCUUUAUCGUAUGACCACAAGCCGACCAACGAGGGCGAGAAGGCAAGAAUAUGCGCGGCGGGUGGCUUCGUCGACUUCGGCCGGGUGAAUGGCAACCUCGCACUGAGCCGAGCUAUUGGCGACUUUGAGUUCAAGAAGAGCGCGGACCUGCCCCCUGAACAGCAGAUUGUCACGGCCUUUCCGGACGUGAUGGUCCACGAGAUUGGCGAGGAUGACGAGUUCUUGGUCAUUGCCUGCGACGGAAUCUGGGACUGCCAAUCGAGCCAAGCUGUCGUUGAGUUCGUUCGCCGAGGUAUUGCUGCGAAGCAAGAGCUCCACGCCAUCUGCGAGAACAUGAUGGACAACUGUCUGGCAUCGAACUCGGAGACUGGAGGUGUCGGAUGCGACAACAUGACCAUGGUCGUGAUUGGUCUCCUGCAAGGCAAGACGAAGGAGGAAUGGUACAAGAUGAUUGGGGACCGCGUUGCGAAUGGAGAUGGGCCUUGUGCGCCUCCCGAGUACGGCAAAGGACCCGGUGCGCACGACCGCUUCGACGACUCGCCCGACGACUAUGAGAUGGACAUGGACUCGCGGAGACUGUUCGGCAGCCGCGCAGGCCGCGUCAUACUGCUUGGUGACGGAACAAGCAUUUCCCUCGGCCAGCCCCACGACGAUGACGGCGAUGUAGAUAUGGAAGAUCGCGGCGUAGCGGAAGAAGUGGAGGACGGCGAUCUAGAGGAGCAGGUGCAAAGCGAUGCACAGGAUUCAAAACGAGGCGAGACGCCUGCACCGUCGUCCGCA